UAAUACCAACGCGCUGCCGUGUUGUUUUUGUGCUCCCAGCUCUGGGAAAAGCCGCCGGGGAUUCUCUACCUGACCCGCUCCGUCCUGCGCCCGAGGGAACCCGACGUCCCUCCUGAAAGCUCUGCCAAGCUGUGUUACGACGGGAGCUGACAUUUCUGAGGCGGUUCUGAUACCUGUCGAAAUUUGGCAGAGGGAAGGGCGACGGGAGAGACGCAACCAUCAGCGAGGAAGGCAGGCCCCGUCCGGGGAUCUUAGAAACCCUGCGGUCCAUCAUGAAGUUCCAGUAUAAGGAGGACCAUCCCUUUGAGUAUCGGAAAAAGGAAGGAGAAAAGAUCCGGAAGAAAUACCCGGACAGGGUCCCUGUGAUUGUGGAGAAGGCUCCUAAGGCCAGGGUGCCUGAUCUGGACAAGAGGAAGUACCUGGUGCCCUCUGACCUCACUGUUGGCCAGUUCUACUUCUUAAUCCGGAAGAGGAUCCACCUGAGGCCUGAGGACGCCUUAUUCUUCUUUGUCAACAACACUAUCCCUCCCACUAGCGCUACCAUGGGCCAGCUGUAUGAGGACAACCAUGAGGAAGACUAUUUUCUGUAUGUGGCCUACAGUGACGAGAGUGUCUAUGGGAAGUGAGUGGUGGAAGCCCAGCAGAUGGGAGCACCUGGACUCGGGGGUAGGGGGAGGGGUGUGUGUGGGACUUGGGGAAAGAGAGGGAGGGCUCCCACCAUGGAGGAGACAGAAGGGGAAGACAUCUGGAAACACUACACCGCACACACCGUCAUCAUAUUUUCACACGCUCAACUGGUAUUUUUUGCUGCUUCCUCGGCCCAGGGAGAAAGCAUGUCAGGACAGAGGUAUUGGAUUGGCUUUGAUAGAGGAAUGAAGACGAUUUAAUUUCACAACAUUUCUGUGAAUUGAUUUUUGUGUGAUUUCACGGAAGAGGCAGGAGGCGGGGAAGUUGGGGCCAGAGAUGAUUGCGGACCACCAGUAACUUCCUGCUCUCCUUCCUCUUUGGGCAGAGAUUCUAUUUUUGACAUUUGCACAAGACAGGUAGGGAAAGGGGAUGAGGAUGUUUUAGGACUACUGGUAGUAGAUCAUUCCUAGGGACCAAAAGAAGCCCAUUGUAAUUAAAGCAUUGUGACCUUGACCUAUCACCACAACUCCCCAUCCCUGUCAUAAUCCCACAUACAGAUAUCACAGCACCACCCACUGGUGCGGAUAGACAUUAGGCCAACAUUGAGAUGGAGCGCUCUCACCACUGGAAGACGAGCCAGGCAUGAGGGAUGGUGCAGUUUUGAAGAUAGUUUUGGUAGCAUUAAACUGGAAUUCACUAAGUUGAGCAUCUCUGUCUACCCUGCUGUCUCUCUGGUGCCCCUUAUCCCACACCUGCGUGGGACUUCAGUGAGCCACAACCGUUUCCAGUUAAUGGGCUAAAACCACUCCUUCAGCAUUUCCCAAUCUUCGCCCUGUGUGUAGGGACAGAGAUGUCUUAUGUAUGGAAGGGGCAGGUGUGAGUGACACAGAUUGUCUGCGCCUCCCACUCAGCCAGGAUUCUUGCUCCCUUGUUGCUGUCCCUUCAGUCCCAGGUACACAGAACUGCUAAGUGAUGGCCAGCUGCCUGCUGAUUUAGGUUCUCAUGUACUGCAGCUGCUAGUUAGACAAGUGUGAGGGGAUGACUUAAUACUUCCUGGGGAUUCUGUGGAUUCUGAUUACUUUCACUUUUGGGGUUAUGUGGGUGGGGGUGGGGAGCAGGAAUCACUCAGACAUGACAUUUCAGUUCAUCUCUGCUAAUGAAAAGGGUCCUUCCUGUGGGAGAAAUCUGUGUCCGUUCUGUCAGCUGCAGAUUCUUGUGUAAUGAAGUUUAUGCUGUCAGGCCAAGGAAAUAAAAUAAUUGCAUACCUUGAAAACCAACCA